GGAGAAACGUCUUCCUUUGGAGCAGCGCCCUGGGGCGGAAGUGACGUCGGGGGUAGCAACGGAGGCGGUUGCUAACGGGGGAACGCGACGCAGCGAGGAAGAGGAGGAGGAGGAAGAAGAAGAGGAGGAGGAGGAGGAGGAGGAAGGCUGCUGUGAGCCUGGCAGGAGGAGGAGGAGGAGAUGCAGGCCCGGAGGAAAGAGAUCGGCUGCCGCAUCUAUCCGGAAUUAUUAAAAAGAAGGACGCAACCUCUGAGCUGAGCAGGAAAUUCGUAGUGCCCUGCUGUUUAUACCUCAGCCAUGUCCGCUGAAGCUGAUGAAACAUCGGAAGAUCUCCCAGUGAGAGACGUAGGUCUAAACCUCGGAGGACAUUCAGAACCAUCAGCUGCCCAAAAUGUUAGGGCUCGGCAAAUCAUUUCGCGGAUUCACCGGGAGGAACUUGAAGAUCGAUACCUUCGCUUACACGAGGAGAACAUCUUGCUGAAACAACAUGCCCGUAAGCAAGAGGAUAAGAUUAAAAGAAUGGCCACUAAGUUAAUACGUCUCAUUAAUGACAAGAAGAAAGCAGAGCAGAUCGGUGGCAUCCCCAGGCGGCUGGGUCAGGAUGUGGAGAUGGAGGAAGUCAUCGAACAACUUCAGGAGAAGGUCCGGGACUUAGAAAAACAGAACGAAAUGAUACGCAACAGGCUGAUUUCUACCAAACAGCAGCUUCAGCUUCAAGGCCAAAGACACACGCCCUACAAUUACGUCCAGGCACGGGUUAACACGGGACUCAAGAAGGCGACGGAAGGUUUGAGGGUCCACGAGGCCACCAAGAAAGGGAUGAGGCUGCAGAACGUUGAAGAAUUGCCUUCCAAGUAUGGACACAGUUUACUUGAAGAAGCAAGAGCAGAGAUCAAAAACUUAGAGAAUGAGCUUGAAUCCUUGCGGGGACAGAAUCAAGAGUUGGUGCUUGCGAUCGAAAUGCUAAGACGUGAGAAAAAGAAAAAAGAAGAAGAGUUUGAAGUCGCUCUCCUCCAACUGAAAGAGCAGCAAGCCACAGGCCAACGGCUCAGCAUUCGAGACAACGUAGAGAUGAUCAAACUCCACAAACAGCUGAUAGAGAAAACCAGCGAAUUUGCAACGGUGGAAGAAAAAUUGCUUCAACUUCAGGAGAAGCAAAAAAAUCUCAAAAUGAGCCACGAUGCCCUAAUAGCCAAGGGGGAAGAACUGAAUUUGCAACUUAAAGAAGAACGUUCAAAGUGCCUCCACCUAGAGGGACAAUUGCAGGCCACCACAUUUUCGAGACGACGCUCAGAAGAGCUGCAAGACAGAAUUAAUGAUUUGGAAAAAGAGAGGGACCUUUUAAAGGAAAACUAUGAUAAAUUAUAUAACAGUGCCUUCAGGGUGACCCACGACCAGCAGUGGAAACUGAAGGAGCAGCAGCUGAAACGGCAGAUCGGUCAGCUCGAGGCGGCUUUAAAAGCAGAUUUAGCUGAAAAAAACAAUAUCCUGGACAGAAUCAAAAUGGAACGAGACCAAACUGAAAAGCUUGCCAAGGAGAACCAGGAGCUGCGAAUGCGCUGUCUCGAACAGAAGCAACAGCUGGAAGAGCUGAAGUCCCGCGUGCAUUUUUUCACCAAGGAGAAUGAUGUUGAUGUGGCCGACCUGAAUGAGGCUCUCAUGCUCCUCAAGGUUCAUAGACAGCAAGCAAGUGGAGACCUUGGGUUUUUGGAGAAAGUAGAAGAUGACAGCCAAAAGGAUUUAGAGCGUUCCCUACGAGAUCUUCAGGCAGUUCAUGCAGAAACUGUUCAAGAACUCGAAAAGACCCGCAAUAUGUUAAUUGUGCAGCAUAAAAUUAACAAGGACUAUCAGGCCGAAGUUGAAUCCGUGACAGAAAAAAUGGAGGCUUCGCAGCAAGAUUAUGAGUUAAAGCUGGAGCACUACGUCCACCUUCUCGACGUUAGAGCCGCCCGUAUUAGAAAAUUAGAAGCCCAGCUGAAGGAUAUCGCUUACGGGACCAAACAGUACAAAUUUCGACCAGAAAUGAUCGCCGAUGAACCUGUGGAUGACUUUGACGAAACGGCUCAUUUGGAAAGAGGCGAAAACCUCUUCGAGAUCCACAUCAGCCGGGUUGUGUUUUCCCCAGAAGCGGCCAGAUCUUUUGGCGACCAAGAACCCGCCACCUUCUGUACCUACGCCUUUUACGAUUUCGAAUUACAGACCACGCCGGUCGUUCAAGGGCUCAGCCCAGCCUAUAAUUUCACCUCUCAGUAUCUCGUGCGGGUGGACGACGGCUUUUUGCAGUACUUGCAGAAAAGCGCCACCGCUCUCGAAAUCCAUCUCGCUCACGGCAUAGACUUCGAAACGGCGGCUGCCUGCCAGCUCAGGUUCCAUGAUAUUCUGGAAAAAAACGGCAGAGUCUGCGCUUCCGCCCUCUUGAUUGGCGUUGGCAGAGAAAUCCAGAAUUACGGCACCGUGGAAUAUUGGGUCAGGUUAAGAGUUCCCAUGGACCAAGCCAUGAGGCUGUACAAAGAACGUGCAAAAGCCCUUGGCUAUAUCGCAGCAAAUCUAAAGGAACAGGCAACGCUCAAUCCUGUCCAAGGCAGCCCUUCAAUUGAUGGGAACUUAAAUGAGCUCCACAUUAUCGUAAAAAGUUGUAACGAUUUGCCCGGCCGAAAGACCAAUCUCCAGCCGAGUCCUUACGUGGUCUACAAGUUCUUCGACUUUGCCGAUCACGAUACCGCCAUCAUUCCCAGCAGCAACCACCCUCGGUUUGAUGAUCACGCGAGCUUCCCGGUGCCGAUGAAUGCGGAUCUCGACCGUUAUCUGAAAUCCGAAUUUUUGAAUUUCUACGUCUUUGAUGACGGGGAAACAGAAGAUGGGGUUUACGUCGGAAAAGCACACGUUCCUUUAAUUUCAUUGGCCCAUGGUAAAUCCGUUUCAGGGACCUUUGAAUUAACCGAUCCUGAAGGUUGUCCCGCUGGGACAGUGAACAUUGAACUGAAAUGGAAGCUGACUUACCUUCAGCCGGCCAGCUCCAUUGUAGCCCCAAACCUCACGGAUUACAUCCAGAACGAGAAACCAGUGAAGGGUCAAGGAGAAGGUCCACCUCUACCUCCAUCUUUCUCAUCAGUGAUGAGACCGCAGCCUAAGCCAAGACAGCGCUCAGCCGCAGUGGACAAAAAAGUCUCUUUUGUAGAUAUGGACCCGUUGCCAAAUUCAAGUCCCAUUCCUGAAAAAGAAGAUAAAAUGAUUUUGCAGAACGCCAAAGAUGAAAAGCCCGCACUUUUAAAUCGUCCACAGGCUCUACAAGACACAGAUGCUGACAGCAGACCAAGCAAACCCGCAACCCAGAUUCAACAAGAACCUGAGGACCUCUCGCAGCUCUCUGAUGGUCAAUUUGCUGCCCAGAGUUCAGGGACUUCAGAAGAUGAAACGGAAAUCGAGGAAGUGGACACAGAAGAACAAGAAGACCAACAGGCCGCCGCCGAAUCGGUCACCGAUAGUGAUGACUGCGUGGUUCCAAGUUCAGCGUCCUCAACUGUUAACCAGCAGACUGCCGAAAGGAUCCGCAUCGAGAUCGUGUCGCUCAGCCUGACGGAUCCCCAGAUUUUGAUGGACGUGCUGAUCCAGCGGCUUUUCAUAGAGUCCAAAUUCUCCAGUUUCGAAACAACCGAAACUCCGAUGGCGCUUCCAAAACCCAGAAGCAGGCAGUGGGUGUUCUAUAACUACAGCCACGUCAUAUACGUGGAUCAAGCCAAGCACGAAGCACGGUGGGAUUAUCUCAAGGCUGUCGUUUGCGGAUCUGAGCCCAGACAUGGAAGUAUACGAUUUACAGUGGUCAGUGACCCUCCGGAAGAUCAACAGGAUCUGGAGUGUGAGGAUAUUGGCUUUGCUUACGUGAGCUUAAGCCAGAUAUUUCAGAAAAGGCAAGACCUCAUUGAACAAGACCUUGAUGUUUUCAAUUCAGAAGACGGCGGGACAGUGAUUGGGAAGCUGAAAGUGACUGUAGAGGCCCUGGCGGUGCUGAAUACAGUCUGGAAGAAGCGUGGAAAUGCUCAGGAAACCUGAACCUGGAGGGAGGCCUGGCCAGGUUUGAUGGAAAGCAAGAGAGAGAGAGAGAUACUACCUUAUAUUGAAAUGUCUAAUUUGUAUGUAAAGCCUGCUCAGUUUGCAGUUUUAAAGUUUGUAUAUUUUUUUCUCCCUGGUUUGAAUUUUAUAUUUUUAUAUUUCUCUCCCUCUGUCCCCAGCCCAGGGCUAUCAUUCUAGCCCAUCAGCCUGUAAAUAAUUAAUAUCUACAUGACUGAAUGAUGGAACUUUUUGUUAAUUGGAUAUGUGUAUAUAAAGAGAGAAGGAGAGAGAGAGAGAAGGAGAGAAAGAGAGAGAGAGGAAGGCGAGAGAAAGAAAGAGAGAGAAGGAGAGAAAGAGACUGACUUGUCUACUGUGUAUAUGUAUAAAUAUAUUCCGUAUACAAAAGUCGUGAAAAAUCAAGUAAUUAUAUAAUAAUACUAAUAAUAAUAAUACACUUAAGCCUCAGAAAACUGAUUAAAAAUACCUCUGUUAUCCCUAAUCACCCCACUAAAUGGAAUGCCUGCGAUUAGCCUCAUUAAGAAUUUUAUACUGCAAAGCUUUUAUUAGAAGCAAUAUAUGAAAAUUACUUGGAUAAAUGUGUUAAUCUGCCUCUUUAAAAUGCUAAUAUCCAUUUUAUGCACAUUAAGUCUCAGUAUGCGUUUCCUUUGAUGCCUGCCAUUUCUAUCAAUUAAAGACAAAGAAUGAGGCUAGUCCCCAGAUUUAUUAAAUUACUGCAAGCUUUUACGAAGAAAAAAAAAGAAACAAAGAAAGAAACACACAACUUUUGCCCUUCUGCAAAGAGUUGAGAUUAUCAAGUUUGGAAAGUAGGUGUGUGUGUGUGUGUGUGUGUGUGUGAUAAAUGGUGUGUAUGGAUGUGUACAUGGGUAUCUUGAAAGGGAGGGUCAUCUGUAAGCAAAAGAGAUUGACUGUUGUGGCCCAUCAGCGGCCUGUGCAAAUUGUAGCUGACAGCGAGGAGGCUGGUGUGGUGUUGCGCCAGCAGCCUGUGCAGCUGGCACUUGAGUCGGACAGUGAGGAGGCUGGAGAAGAUGUGGUGCCAGAGGCCUUCAGAACCUCCAGAAGCUCCUUUAAGUGAAGAGGACGAAGAGGAGGAGCCUCUUCUCGAUGCACGGGCGCGCAAAGCGGCCAAAAGACAGGAGUGGCUCCUCAGGAGGAGGUCUCCUCGAGAAUAAGGCUUGGGGCUAAUUGGCUACUCCCUUAGCCUAUUUCAGGAGGAACGCCGACUGAAGCAAUUUGUAGGGAACAACUUUAGUUCACUCUACUUCGCGUCUGGAUUCUCUGCAAAUUGCUUCUGGGCUUUCUGCCAACUUUAGUAGGAUUGUGAUUACUUUAUCUUUGGUUUCUUGUAGGCUGUUAAGAAAGUUUAUUAACAGCCCUUGUUUUGAAAAAGACCGAGUUAUUUUAGUAAAUUAAGUUUUGUACAAA